AUGGCUUCACUUCCACCCUCAUCCACAAUAAAGGACUUGCCCCAAGAGCAACAAUUCCGAACCCUCGACACGCUCUUUGAAUCAUCCCCAGAGCUCCACACCCUCAUGGCACCGGUACUAGCCGGCCAAUCCUUCUCAUCAUAUCCCAGCCUUAUCGAUGCUGUGGGAGGCCGGAUGUCAGCUCUCUCUGCCGCAAAUUCACCGCCCGAUCGAGAUAUCCUCGUGGGAAUCCUUGGGUCUCACCCUCGCCUAGGCCAGCGGAAGUCAGCGGCCCCUGAACACCUGAGCGAAUUGAGCAAGCAAGAACAGUCGCAACUGAAUACAGGCGCGGAGGAGCAGGCCGAGAAACUGCGGCUACUGAACGCUGAAUAUGAAGACAAGUUCCCUGGGCUACGAUUUGUGACGUUUGUUAAUGGACGAAGUAGAGAUGUUAUCAUGGAAGAAAUGCGGGCGAGAAUUGAUCGGGGAGACGGUGACCGGGAAGUCGAGGAGACGAUUCAGGCCAUGUGUGAUAUCGCAAAAGACCGGGCGCGGAAGUUGGGGCAAGAAUGA